AUCACACGCACUGUUCAACUACAAGCACUAUGCUUCGACGGUCGUUCUACAUUCGAUGAGCCCUAGUUAUUCUGCCCCCCGCUCCUGCCUUUUCCCUUUACAAUCUGAAGAUGCACCAAAUGACCACGACACCCUGCUCGUAAAAAAAAAAACGAAGACCGCAAGUGCAAGAAACUAACUAUGGAGACCUCCUCGGACGAAGAUGAGCCCCGGCCUUAUGAGCCUUGGAAGGAGGACAUUGUGCGCGAGCUCUCCGCGCACAACACGCAGCAUCGAGGCGGUUCGAUAUCCAGUAGUGGUCCACCUGCGCCGGCGGCACUACGGGGCUCCUACACGGCAGGCGGAGACCACCAAGACCGGGGAAACGAUCAGUGUUUUGAGUUGUACUUGGACAAAGCUAGGAUUACGAAGUUGUUUCGCACCCUGUAUCCGUGGAUUUUCACCGUGCUACUCGGGUUCGUGGUGGCGCUCAACGGGGCUUUCAUCACACACAACGCGGACUGGUUUGCGGACUUCCGCUUCGGCGUUUGCUACUCCGCACACUACCUCGUGUUGGCCGACCGGAAGAGGUGUUGCGGCGGCAUUGACAACUACGACGAGAGCGAGGAUCGCUGUAAUGAAUUUGAUAGACAUCAGGAGCUUGUAGUUUUGGUGCGCAAAUUGUAUGUAGUGAGGUCACCGAACGGUUCUAACCGGGGAGUUUUUUUGACACCCAGCCAGCAAAACGACCGGCAGUUUUCAAGCGGCCGAAAGCGUUUUUUGACAUAAAAAAUUUUCAAUUAUCAAGCGGGCGGGGCUUUGAUAUCAAACAAGCCCGGUCGAAAACUAUCGAUUCGCACUUGAUAAAACGACGCAGGGGAGCCGGCAAAAGGGGCGCCCUUCUGAGGAGCCCACCGCCUUAGUUUCUGGCGAUUUGGGGCGCCCAAAAAGAGGCGCGCAAAAAGCGCGCCCAAAAUCAGAAAAGCGAAACAGCAUGGCACGGCCGCGAUUUCGAAGCAUUUUGGGCGGCCGCGAAAGCGGCCGCCUUUUCGCCGGUUUCAGAGCCUGGGGAGCUUUGCAAAAAGCGCCGGCGUGAAAAAUAAAAACGCAAAAGGGAAAAAGCGCGCCAGACGCGCAAAGCCAACCCGCAUGCUGCGGGCCCGAUUUUUCUUUGCUUUUUGAGCGCCCCCCGUGGCGCCCGGAUCGGCCCCAUAGCAUCGGGGCUCGCUUUCGGAAAGGAAUUUUGGAAAUGUGCCAAGAUUUGUGAUGUUUCUCAAGUGACCGCCAUACCGUGCGGCAUAACGUUACUCACGGCGGUAUGGCGAGCCCAGAAAAAGCAAAGCCGCGGCCAAGGCGGCGGUCGGAAAAAAACGCCCACGACCUCACUACCCCCGCCCCGGCGGCUAUAUUUGGUAAGAAUACUACUUGCACGAGAAGAGAACAAGUGCGAUUUAUUAUCGCAAUCCUGUACGAACAGGAUUCAAAUCAAUGUCCGCACUUGCUCAUGAGAAAAUAAACAUACUACAAACAAACCAACUAUACAGGCAUCACGCCAGCCGAGGUUUACCGCGACCCGUCGUCCCAGGUAGCCGCGGAUGUGCAGCAGUGGUACGCCUGGGAAGAGCUGGCGGUCGCCUCGUCUCGCUCCAGCUCGUGGAUAGGUUGGCUCGCCGCUUUUCUGGUGUACUGCGGCUCCUCCGUUCUGUUCACGGCAAUCUGCUGCCUGAUCGUGUUCGAAUUCGCGCCGCAAGCCAAGGGGUCCGGGAUUCCCGAGGUGAAGGCCCAUGUUUCCGGGUUCGACCUGAAGCAGUCGUUCUCGCCGAUGACGCUGCUGCUCAAGUCCGUCGGCCUGUCGCUCGUGGUCGGCGCGGGCCUGGCGUUGGGGAAGGAGGGUCCGCUGAUCCAGGUGGGCGUGUGCUGGGCGCACAUCUUGGGGAACCUAAAGGGGAUUCCCUUUCUCGGGUCCAACCGGUACACGCGGUUUUUCCGCGACGAACAGGACGUCAUCAACGUGCCACUGUAUGUAUGAGAGUGCACAACUCCCCCUCCCCCUCAUUUGCAUUGCAUGAACAGCAAUACAAACACGAGCACACGUGGAGCCUGUGCAUGACAAAUUUUGUACCCGCCUAGUGCAGUACUGCUACUGUUUGGGCUUGCGGAAUCUGGCAUGCAAACAGUGCCAAAGGGAAGCACUUAGACUUGGGGUUUUGCAUGACAAGUGAGGGGGAGGGGCGGGAGUGUGCACUCUCAUAGUACGAGUGGAGCUUCGUCGGCGCCGCGGUCGGGGUGUCCACGGCGUUCGGAGCGCCUUUGGGCGGCGUGUUGUUUGCGGUGGAGGAACUUGGCUCGGUGCGGACCAUCACGCGACGGGCGCUGCUGCUCUGCUUUCUCGGCGCGUUUGCGGCCUCCUUCACGUUGAAGUUUCUCAACAUCACCGGAAGUAACAACGUCACGAUGUUCUCCCUGUCCACGGCUUCCAACUCUUACGCCGGCGGGGAAAAGCUUGGCUGUCAAUGGGAAUGAGUAUGUCGUUUUGAUGAAUGCGUUGGAAGAAUGCGUUUUUUUAUCGAUUUCCACGGGUUGUGCUUCUUUUCUUGUCAUGCAAAAAAUGUACGUUGUAAAUCUUGAUGAACAGGCGCGAGUACUACACUUAAGGAGGCUUUCUUGUGUUCUUGUUCGUCUUCUCUUUGUGAUGUGGAGUAAGUAGGUACGAGGAAGUAGUAAGUAGAUCAUUUUUCCCCUAGACACCUAGCGCAAUUUAUUGCCUCUGCAUACCAGUUUCCGCAAAGAGUGGGGCGUGAACGAGAUCUGGUUGUUCUUGCUAUUGGGCGUGCUUGGGGGCGUCCUUUCCGGCCUGUUUAUCCGUAUGAACCUGUUCGUCGCGCGGGAGCGGAAGAGAAAGAAACAGGACCACGGCACGCUCUGGUUCCUCACCCGCGACCAGCACGAGUGGAUUCUGAGCUACCUGCUUCCCGAGCGGUUCGUGCGGAAGAUCCGCGAGCGCGGCAGCCAGUACCGGCUGUCGAGUCGCGCGCUGGUGGUGGUGGAGGGAGUCUUCAUCGCGGUGUGCACUUCCGUGACGAACUACAUUUUCACCCGACUGCUGAAAUCGCACUCUACCGUAGCGAUCCACGCGCUGUUCGAGACCUGUCCCCACUCCAAGGGCUUGCAUUUCGCCCUCUGCAACGACAAGAACACGUUUAAUGCGAGCUUUAUGGAUUGCAAAAAUGUCUGGGUCUGGAAGAUUGCGACUUGUCAUGCUAAAUCCGAAUCAUGCAGAAAUCUGUGUUGCAUGAGUGCCAAAACCUGUCCGCUUUCGACCAAGUUUGGAGGGAGUUUCUCAUGCAGGAUAGGCAUGGCAGAGACCUCACAGACACUGUCAUGCUAGGUCCCGCAUUCCAGACCUGAUGGGUCAUGGAAAACCUGCAUGACAAGCUUACACUCUUCCAGACCCAGACAUUUUUGCAUUUGAUAAGCUUCUCCAUGAACGGACAGCUGCUGCUGGCCGCCGGGAUCCGACUCCUGCAGACCGUGAUCACGUUCGGCGCCAUGCUCCCCUCCGGGCUGUUCAUCCCCUCACUGUUCAUCGGCGCGACCGUGGGGCGGUUGGUGGGCAACAUCAGCUACUUGGUGGUGCUGGAGCAGCACAUCGAGCCGGGCGUGUUCGCGAUGAUCGGGGCCGCCGCGAUGUAUCGUAUGUAAAAACGUCCCCACCCCAUAGUUGUAGUUGACAUGCAAAUCUGCAUGCUCAAAAUGUUUCUCAUGCGGAGCCCCAUGAGAACCAUUCUCUACUCGUGUUUUGGAAUUUGUGAUGCUAGAAUCAGGAUGGCAUGCUAGAUCUGCGAUGCUUCGGAACUAGCUAAGUAACCAGGAUCACACUGUGAGGACAAACUUGUCAUGCGAAGUUACCAAAGCUGGUGGAUUUGUCUAGCAGAUUUCCCAGGUUGACUCUGGUGUGGGGACGUUUUUACUCAGGAUACGAUGCUGGCGGGGUUCACGCGGAUGACCGUUUCGCUGGUGGUGAUCAUGUAUCCUGUGCAGAAGUAUCGUACUCGUAUAAAUGCAAGUCUUGCAUUACAAAUCUUUUACUUAAGGUAAAUGCGCAUUACAAAUUUCAUCUCUCAUGCUGAGGAAAUUUGUAAUGCAUUUAUACGAGUACGAUACUUUUGCAGUUCAUACCAUGUUCGAGCUCACCGGCGAGCUCACCUACGUGAUUCCCUUUAUGUGCGCGGUGAUCACCGCCAAGGUGGUGGGCGACCUGUUCACCGGCAGCAUCUACGAGGAGCACGCCACUUUGAACGGCUUCGCCAACAUUGAGGACACGCCCACCAGCAUCCGGCUGGAGGUGCUGGUGGCGGACCUGGCGAGCGAGUACCCCUGGACCAAGGUGCUGGACGUGGACCAGUAUUUUCGGUUCGCGGCGUAUGCAAAGAAAAAAGUGUUACAGUUACACAUUGUGUUGCAGACCAAGCAAGAGAGACAAGCUCUGUGAUGCCGGAUAUGCAUAGGAGCCUCGUUCCAUAGGUGUUUUCCCGUAGGAUUUCUGCAUUACAAGUUUUCUCUCUCAUGCAGAGAAAUUUGUGUUGCUGAAUUCACUACACAUGUGUAACUGUAACACUUUUUUCGUGGGAUACGGCGCUGCGCGACAUGGUGGGGCUGGAACCCGCGACCCUCUGCGCGGACGCGGAUCAGCACGACGAGGACCCCACGCACGUGAUCGAGUUGGACGAGGGGGAAGAUGAAAUUGGCAAUAACAGUGCCGGGGGCGCAGAAAUAAAGCCGACACCCACAAGUUCUUCGCAGCUCACCGUGUUCGAGCCGGACUAUGUGGGGCCAAAUGUGGUCCUGGAGGACGGCACGACGACGAAAGGGCAUUCCAGUUCUGGUUCGCCGCAGGCUGUGCUAAACAUAAACAACUCUUCGGCGCGGAAGACGAAAAAGAAGAAGCGCCGCAAACUGCUUGCGGAGAACCCAUUCCGUUCCUCCGACGACGAGGACGAUAUAUGCACUAAAAAUGUGUGCGGGUCUGGAAUGUUCGAACUAGUAAUGCUGGUCUUACAUGACUGUAAAAUCUGUGUUGCAUAACCAACAAAAGUGGUAGCCUCUCAUGUCAUACAAAAACGCAGUUUGUCAUGCGGAGUUCGUAUGAGAAAGCGUUCUGCAAGCUUGUCAUGCUUUCCUGCAUAAGGAAGUGUUUUCCUCUUGCACAUUUUAGCAUCACAAGUUUAUUCGAGACCCAGACAUACUUAUUUGCAUUUGAUACGAAAGCGGGGGCGACGAUUUGAAGCGGGACCGCGACCGGCUGCUUCGCCGGUCAAAGGAGGGCGCGCCGGAGAUGAAGUUGCACUACGCGGCGAGAAGUCGAACGACUGCGGGUGGAGGUGGUGGUCCCCGGGGAAGCAAUCUCCACACCACGACCGAGAGAAACCAUCGGAAGUCGGAGCAGGACUCAGUCAUUCUCGUGCGGCGUGGCGUCGGCCCGAUCUUCGGGUACAUCCGGAAGCGCCGGCUGCGCCAGUGGUUGAUCGAAAUGAUGUAUGCAUUGCAAAAGCAUCGUACUAGUACGAAUAGCAUGGCAAAUUUGAAUUUCUUCAAGAACAAAAAUGCAAUUUCCAUUAUGCUGAUUUGGCUAUAGAUAGAAACAAGCAUUUGUCACGAAUGGUUACAAAUAGUACAACGAGGGCGAUAUCACUUUUGCAAUGCAUAUGAUGCGCGUGGAGGACAACAAGCUGCUCGAAGAGCGGUAUUGCUGCUUCGCGCUGUUCGGCGGCGACGGCCUAUCAAAAUGAAAAAUCCCCCCUCCCCACAUCAAAACGAAGACUUGUGUAGCAUGAUUCUUUGUGAUCACAAGUGAGUCGCGUUGUCAUGCUAGAAGGGAACAAGAGAUGCGGACUGUAGUGCUGGCUGGAGCGGGAAAGCUUUGCGUCGUCAGCAUGACAGGAAGCAACUGGAAGCGGGAUGAAACAGCAUGACGCAUUGCCUACACAUAACGAGGCCACAACUGUGUCCCUUGGUCUUCUAGCAAUGCAAGUCGAUUUGUGUACUCAAAUGCCGCAUCUCAAAUUUCGUCUUCGAUAUGGGGAGGGGGGGACUUUUCCUCACAAUACGGCCUGUGGGCGGAGAACAUGGACGUGCGGGCGCAAACCUUCCACACCGGCGGUGCCGUGGUCGAGGUGUCCAGCGGCUCUCUGGCGGCGCUGAAGACGGCGGCCCGGCAGGGCCAGGCCGUACUGGGCGUCCCCUCGCCCAUGACGAUGCGCGGGGACCAGAACUUGGCCAGCGGCGGAGUCCCGCAGACGACCAGCAGUACCUUGAUCCAGCCACCAGAAGUUGGACUAGCAGGAGCUACGGGGACAACUUCUACAACUGGCACGACGACUAGCACAACUUUCUCGGCGGCACAGCCCCAGCAGGCCGCGGACGUAGUUGAUGCGGCAAGUACCACCCUUGGGUUCCAGGAGGUAAUCGGAAAGCGCAGUGUGGACUUCCCAAGUAGAACCGGGAGGAGUCCAAACAUCAGCGGGACCAACAUCCUGUCAACGUCUCCGCAGGAGCAGAUCGAGCUGACGACGGUGUUGAACAACGCGUCGACUACUUCGCCGAGUAAGGCUGUUCAUCCCGGCAGCGUAUGCAUUGCAAAACUAUCGUAAUCGUACAACUUCUAGCGUAAAAUGCAUUACAAAUAAUUCGCCCAGCAUAACGAAUGAAAUUUGUAAAGCGGAUUCAGCUUGAGAAAGAGCUUUGUAAUGCAGAAAUGCAAUAAUUACUACGAGAUCGAGAACGAGUGCGAUACUCUUGCAGAGGAUACAGUGGGUCGGACGACAACUUCCACAUGAUUUCUUCGUCGCGGGACGGGGCGCACAGCAAGAACUCCUCCAGCUCGACGUCCUCCUACGGGGCGUCCAGUAUAUGCAUUGCAAAUUUGAUGUCUGUUUCUGGAAGAGUGCAAUUUGUGAUGCAAACUCUGGAUCACGCAAAGAUUUAUGUUGCGUGAGCGCCAAAAACUGGCCAUGUAUUUUUGCCACAAAGCUUGUGAGUUUCUCGCGCAGGACAGCCAUUAGGACCACAUGUGAGCAAAACUCGUACAACAUAAGGCCUUUGAUGCCUUUUCCGGAGCAUCUGUGUGAUUCGAAAGAUGCAUGACAAACUUAACUCCUGCAUUCAUCCAGAGGGCCCAGACAUUAAAUUUGCCAUGGAUACAGUAACGACUUCAACGACCCGGUGGUGGCUGCCAUGGGGACGACCGGAGGCAAUCACGCAGUGAAGUCGUCUUCUUCAACUUCCCCCGGGGGUCGUGCGACUAAUAAAAAUCACGGCAGCUACUAUUUGGAUAACUCCAGGUCGUCCGAUGCCCAUGGUGUCGCUGGGGCGGACAAAAAAAGUAGGGAAUCGCCCACCACACAGCAACUAGACCGACGCAUCAUCGUGUUGCCGGCGGACCGGCUAUGCAUGGCAAAUAUGUCAUCUGGGUUGGAACGAUGGAGUCAACUUGUGAUGCGGAUUUUGCAAUAGAUUGCAUAGCCAGGAAAAGUUGUAGAUGUCCGGUUUUUGUCUCCAGGAAGAGAUGGUAUUUCUCAUGUAGACUUCUACGAAUGAGAAGCGUUCUGAUAGAUAACUUGUCAUGCUCUCUAAGCAUAAUUCCACAUCUUCUCGCAAUUGCAAAAACUGCAUGAUAUCCAUUUUCUUUGAGACCCAAACAUAUUUGCAAUUGAUACCCGCUCCCCGCAAACGAAUCGGACGACCCGACGCCGAUCGCGGGGGAGAACCGCGGGCGCGUCUUACCCUCGAGAAAAACGCAGGCAGGGCAUAAGUAUUUGUGAUGCAAAAAUUAGCACACAGAAAAAUCUGUAUUGCGUAGCCUAUAAACUGCAUGCCAGAACAAGACCCCACCGAUGGCAAAUUUUUCUGUGUAUUUGUUUUCGCAUCACAGAUAUGUCCUGCCUGCUUUUUUCUGUGGGAUACGUCCGGCUCCCGACACAGACCGGCUCGGCAGGGGACGAGAACAAUGUGGGAGCAAGCAAUCACAUCGUGGACAUCGAGCUAGUAUGAAUUGCAAAAUUAAUAUCGUGCUAGUACAAAUUGCAUUACAAAUUAUGACGCAGCAUUUCUACAAUUUGUAAUGCGGAUUUACCUCGGCAACUACAUGUGUGAUGCCUAUGCAUAACUACAAAUGCUUUUGCAAUGCAUAACAGGCGGACGACGAGGUGAUCGCGGAGGAUGUGUCUUUCUUGGUAGACAUACGAGAGUGCACAGUGAGCUUUCGUUCCCCGCAUUUGUCAUGCGGAAGCCCAAAUAAUCCCGGCGCAGCCUUGUGGCAUCGUUUACAUGACAAAUUAUUCUAGAAUUAUCCCAAAGAGUACUAAUAUUCUCCUGCGCAUGAACUUGUCUUGCACAGGCUCCACGUGUGCUGGUGUUUGUAUUGCUGCUCGUGCUAUUAAAUGCGAAUGACGGGGAGGGGGAGUUGCUUGAUGUGCGCUCUCAUAGGACACGCACUUGGCCCGCCUCUCCAUGGACGCCCACAUCCUUAUCUUACAGAAAAAAGCAGGCAUGGAUAUAUUUGUAUUGCAAAAAUCAAUACGCAAAAAAAUUGCGUACCCUUAGCAGGAUGCUAUGGGCUCGCCCAUGACAGAUUUUUCUGCUCAUCAUUUUCUCCAUUACAAACUGGCCCCGCCUGCUUUCUUCUGUGUGAUAAUCGUCACACUGUUCUGCGUGUUUCACCAGAACUUAUCAAACGCAAAUGAGUCUGAGUCUAGAGGUUUGUCAUGCAGGUUUUCCCUUCCCCUUGAUGUCUGGAAUGCAGGACGUAGCAUCUUCACAGACCUACGAGGUCCACUUUAGUGCAAUGCCCGUCCCGCAUGAGAGACCGACGUCGUCCUCUGAAAUCGACCAAAAGAGCUGGGCAAUAUUGCAUCAGAGAGUUCUGAUGUGUGGCGCACAACACGCAUUACAAUUUUGCAUGUGUGUCUCCAGACGACCCAGACAACAUAUUUGCAAUGCAUAGAGCCCGAGCCUGCGCUACGUCGUGUGCUCGUCCAACCAGGGCCGCAAGCUGGGCCUGGUGUCCCGGUCCGCCUUCGUGCGUGCGCUCUGCGACCACAACUUCGCGCAGCCGCCGAUCCAUCUCGGAAUCGACGAGGAAGUCGUAUGCCUUGCAAAUAUGUCGGGGUCUGGAAAUGGAGAACCUGUGUUGCUUGUUUCGCAUUCCUGAAAAAUCUGUAUUGCAUAUUCAGCACCAGAAGCUGCGCCACUUUUUCAUUGUGCAACGUCGCAGCUUGUAAUGCGCACUACGCACCAUCUAAAAGUUUAAGUUUGUGAUGCUUCACUGCGCUGGAUUAAAAGCUAAAGGCGCACUCGGUUAAUUUCAGCAUUCAGCAUCACAUGUUUCCGGACGGAGACAUAUUUGCAUUUGAUAAGUCAGCGGCGGGAGCAACACGCAGUGUCUCCCCUUUUACUUCGGCACGCAGGCGGGGUUGCCCGGCGUACCCACGAUGCCCUCAUCCACGAGGUCUUCGUUCGCCUCGCGGGUGUGAGAUAAAAUUUCGGCUGGACAUAAGAGCUCGAUAUUUUUCUUCGUCGCGAAAGCGCCUCAGAUUCUUGCAAGCGACUUUGUCGUCAUCGUCCGGAGACUCUUCGCAAAAGAUGUACGUAGAGGGAUUUGAUGAAUAGGACUGCACUUCUCGAGGUGGAAGCAAUUGCCUCGGAAAGAAAGAUCUGUCUUCGUCGGAGUUGUUCCUCUACCGGAU